AAGAUUCUUUAGGCCUCAAUUCACACAAACUCAAGUUUUUAGUUUUCCAAAUUCCGAUUUCCAGGAAUUCACAUACCCAGAUUCAGGCUAUCUCUAAUUUUUGUGUAUAUAAUUAAUAAAAAAAAAAAUGGAUGAAAUAUUUGGGACAAGAAGAGCAAUAAGCGAAACAACAACAAAGAAGAGUGCAAUAUAUGUGUGGGGUUACAAUGAGUCUGGACAGACUGGUAGGAAAGGCAAGCAGUGGCAAUUGAGGAUCCCUAGACAGCUUCCUCCUCAGCUUUUCGGGUGUCCGGCCGCCACGGGACCCAAUUCACGGUGGUUUGAUAUUGCUUGUGGUCGUGAGCAUACCGCGGCUGUCGCCUCUGAUGGGUCGCUUUUCACUUGGGGGGCCAACGACUUUGGUCAGUUGGGAGAUGGAACUGAGGAGCGAAGCAAGCACCCUAGAAAAGUGAAACAAUUGCAGACAGAGUUUGUGAAAUCUGUGUCUUGUGGAGCACAAUGUACUGCUUGUAUUGCAGAACCUCGUGAAAAUGAUGGAACCAUCUCAACAAGUAGGCUCUGGGUUUGGGGCCAAAAUCAGGGAUCAAAUUUUCCUCGCUUAUAUUGGGGGGCCUUUUCUCCUAACACGAUUAUCCGUCAAGUGUCCUGUGGGGCAGUGCAUGUGGUGGCUUUAUCAGAGGAUGGCCUGCUACAAGCGUGGGGCUACAAUGAAUAUGGUCAGCUUGGCAGAGGUGUUACCUGUGAAGGACUACAGGGGGCUUGUGUAAUAAAUGCUUAUGCGAAGUUCCUUGACGAAGCUCCUGAGCUUGUGAAGAUUACCCAAGUGUCAUGCGGGGAGUACCACACUGCAGCAAUAUCUGAAAUAGGCGAGGUCUAUACUUGGGGCUUAGGAAAUAUGGGUCAACUUGGGCAUUGUUCCCUCCAGUCUGGGGAUAAGGAGUUAUUGCCUAGGAGAGUGGUUGCCCUUGAUGGAAUAUUCAUAAAGGAUGUUGCUUGUGGUGGUGUACAUACAUGUGCUGUGACUUUGAAGGGAGCUCUUUAUGCUUGGGGUGGUGGUCAAGCAGGGCAGUUAGGCCUUGGCCCCCAAACUGGAUUCUUUUCAUGCACUCCUAAUGAUUCCAAUACAUUUUUCCGCAAUUUCCCUGUUUUGGUUGUCCCAAAUGGUGUGCAACUUGUUGCAUGUGGACAUUCCCACACUCUAAUUUCCAUGAGGGAUGGAAGAAUCCAUGGAUGGGGCUACAAUAACUAUGGUCAGGCAGCUAAUGAUAAAUCUACAUAUGCUUGGUUUCCAUCACCAAUCGACUGGUGUGUUGGGGAAGUGCGAAAAUUAGCAGCUGGUGGUGGCCAUUCAGCUGUGUUGACUGAUGCAUGUUCCUUAAAGGAGUUGUGUGAGUUUAGCCUUGCAGAUGGUGUGACUCUAUCAAAUGCUUCUGAGAUUGAGGAUGUUGCUUCCAGAACAGGAUCAGAUUCUUUGGCACGUCUUUGUGAAAGAUUAAGGGAACAUAUGCUUGAUGGCAGUGAAAGUGAACAUGUAGCUGAUGAGGUCAAUGGUAUGCAGAACUGAAGAAACAAUUGAAUUGGCUUAAGAUGGCUGAUCAUUGUUAAUUUGUUAUAGUCAUUAUUUCCUUUUGGUCUCUUUUAUUAGACCAAUUUGGUUAGGACUGUAAAAUCAAGUACUGCUUUAUUCAAAUGGGUUAGGGGAAUCUCAUCUUUAAUGAAACAUAUAAUUCACCCAGUUUGUAAUUCUGAUACUAAUCUGAUUAGAAAAUUAAGUCAAGAACGAUAAUAAGAUUGUGAAGUUUGUAUUGUUGAAACUUUAAGGUUACUGGACCCGAGCAGUUUGUUAAA